GACUAUCACCCUGAUCGACCAGACAUUCAGAAAUCCAUGACAACCUUUAAAAAUCUUUCUGCGCAGUGUCAAGAGGUACGGAAGAGGAAGGAGCUGGAGCUGCAGAUCCUGGCUGAGGCAAUUCGCUGCUGGGAGGGAGAAGGCAUCAAGACACUGGGCACUGUCCUCUACAUGUCACAAGUCAUGAUACAGUGUGCAGGGAGUGAGGAAAAGAAUGAGAGGUACCUGCUCCUGUUCCCCCAUGUAUUGCUGAUGUUGUCAGCCAGUCCCAGGAUGAGUGGCUUCAUUUACCAGGGUAAACUGCCAUUAACAGGAAUGACAAUCUUGAAACUAGAAGACAGUGAAACCAACAAGAAUGCUUUUGAAAUUUCAGGAAAUAUGAUAGAACGGAUAGUAGUGACCUGCAACAAUCAGGAGGAUCUGCAUGACUGGGUAGAUCAUCUCCACAGACAGGCUAAAUUCGCUAGUAUAGGAACCCCUACUAUAAAGCCACUGUCUGUACCGUGUCACACACUCCCUUCACAUCCGGUAACACCAUCCAGCAGGCAUUCAGAGAACAGGCCAGCGACGGGGACUCCUGCCUACCACACCCUCCCCCACCCCUCCUCUCACGGGACCCCUCACAGCACAAUGAUGUGGGGCCCCCUAGAGCCCCCCAAGACACAGAAACCGUGGAGCCUGAGCUGCUUGCGACCUGCACCCCCUUUGCGACCGUCCGCGGCCCUCUGCUAUAAGGAGGAUCUUAGUAAAAGUCCUAAAACUAUGAAGAAACUGCUUCCUAAACGCAAACCUGAACGUAAACCAUCCGAUGAAGAGUUCGCAGUGAGAAAGAGUACAGCUGCCCUAGAAGAAGAUGCUCAGAUUCUUAAAGUAAUAGAAGCUUACUGUACUAGUGCCAAAACACGUCAGACGCUAAAUUCAACAUGGCAAGGCACUGACCUGAUGCAUAAUCACGUCUUGGCUGAUGACGACCAAUCAAGCCUAGAAUCGUUGGGUCGUCGCAGUAGUCUUUCCCGCUUGGAACCUUCCGACCUCUCUGAAGACUCUGAUUAUGACAGUAUAUGGACAACCCAUAGUUACAGAAUGGGGUCUACAUCUCGUAAGAGCUGUUGCUCAUAUAUCUCUCAUCAGAACUAAGGCACUCCUAAACUUUUCUUAACAACUGUUUGUUGCAUUGAUUGUUU